AUGGACUGCAACGGCACAGGCCAUGGAAACGGCUCCGAUACAGAGAUGCUCGUCCGCAGCACCCUCGGUCCACAGCACCGAGCGAGUGACAAAAUCGUCAAGAGCGUCGGAAGAACGACGAGGGCAAUUAGUCGGCGCAGCACCGGCAACCCUUGCGUCUACCCUCCUGCCUCCUCGUCUUCUUCCUCGGCUCGGCGCACCUCGCCACGACCAAGAAACCCCUACGCGAACUGGAGCUGCACGAGCUACGACCCCAGCAGGCGCAAACACCACUCCAGAGUGACCAGAGCCAACUGCAAGAUGACUGACGCGCACGGAAACCAGCUCUCGCCCACCGCGCCCUACCUGUCAUACCACGACAUUUGCCUUACCUAUGAGGAUAUCAAGGCGCUACGUAAUGACUGGCUGACUGAUAAUAAUAUCCACUUCUGGGAGGAGUGGCUCGAGCACGAGAUCCUCCCCAAAUACCCCCAGGCCCGGAUCUGCCUGCUGCGGCCAUCGAUGACAUACCUCCUGAUGCGCAACGACCCGGCGUCGAUCCGGUCCGCCCUGCCGGACAUGACAAAAGUAACGCACGUGUUCCUGCCCAUCAACGACGCCGUGAGCCGGACGCAGCCGGACGGGUCGCACUGGUCGCUGCUGCUCGUGUCCAAGAUCGACGGGGUGUCGUUCCACUACGACUCGCUGGGGGGCGCCAACGCGGGCGAGGGCGCGCGGGCGAGCGACCGCAUGGCGGCGCUGCUGGGCAUGCCGCUGCGCUUCCAGAACAUCAACGACUGCCCGCAGCAGGAGAACGGCAACGACUGCGGCGUCUUCGUGUGCAUCCUCAUGCGCCACCUGCUCGUCAAGCGCCUGCUCAACGCAAACGCCCGCGAGAAGGUCUCGAUGAGCAUGUCCAAUAAGAUGAUCGAUGCCACGGGCGCGCGCAAGGAGAUGAUCAAGAUCAUCGAGAGCCUGCGCAAGGAGGGCGAGAGGCGCCGUAGUGCUAGCCCUUUUCCCAAGCAGGAGGGUGCGCCGCGGAUCGACUAG